CUGACGGCUACGCUGUUGAACUGCUGCCGCAGCGACCAUGAAAGCCACAAGGAGCCGAACACGGUUCCCGGUCGAAGCGUGAUCGUGCACCUGUUCGAGUGGAGAUUCGACGACAUUGCCGAGGAGUGCGAAACGUUCCUUGGCCCGCGUGGCUAUGGCGGUGUUCAGACAUCGCCAGUGAAUGAACAUGGCAUCGUCUUAGGGGAGACAGUGAAACGGCCAUGGUACGAGCGGUACCAGUCGGUGAGUUACAACAUUGACACCCGGAGCGGCAACGAGACGCAGUUUCUUGACAUGGUUCGCCGCUGCAACGGGGCCGGCGUCAGAGUGUACGUGGACGUCAUAAUCAAUCACAUGACUGGCACCCUGGAGAUAAAGAAGGGCACAGCAGGGAGCGCCUUCAGUUACGAUGAAUUCAGCUACCCUGCCGUGCCGUACGGCGCAGAUGACUUUAACAGGAAAGAACAUUGUGGGAGCGAAUCAGGCGCCAUCGAAAACUACGGAGACGCGCAGCAGGUGCGCAACUGCCAACUGGUCGGGCUCCGCGACUUGAACCAGGGUAGAGAGCACGUUCGAGCCAAGGUUGCUGAGUUCUUGAAUCGACUCAUCGGGUUUGGCGUGGCUGGAUUCCGCGUCGACGCCGCCAAACACAUGUGGCCUGCUGACCUCCAAGUCAUCUAUGCUAGGCUUAAUGACCUCAAUACACAGUUCUUUGCCCCGGGAACCAAGCCCUUCAUCUACCAGGAGGUGGUCGACUUGGGUCAGGGCGAGGCAGUCACCAGUUGGCAGUAUCACCGCCUGGGCAGAGUGACCGAGUUCCGUUACGGCAUUAAGCUUGGAGCCGUGCUUAGGAAACGACCGCAUCAGCUGCUCAAGUACCUUGGAAACUUUGGUGAGGACUGGGGCUUCCUUCCGAGUGGAGACGCGUUGACUUUCGUGGACAAUCAUGACAACCAGAGGGGCCACGGAGCUGGCGGCGCGGACAUCCUGACGUUCUUCGAGCCCCGCCUGUACAAGAUGGCCAACGUUUUCCUACUUGCGUGGCCGUAUGGAUUGCCUCGCGUUAUGAGCAGCUACCGCUGGCCCCGGGAUUUCCGGGAUGGCGUGGACCGGAACGACUGGAUCGGACCGCCGUCGGAUGCCGCGUGGAACAUCGAACCCGUCAUUCGGCACAGCGAUAACACCUGCCGAGGCGGAUGGGUAUGCGAGCACAGAUGGAGACAGAUCUACAACCUUGUCGAGCUGCACAAUGUGGCGGGGUUCUCGCCUGUCACCAACUGGUGGGACAACGGUUACCAUGCAAUCGCAUUCGGCCGUGGAAACGCGACGUUCGUCGUCAUCAACAACGAGGAUUUCCGUCUUGACGUAAUUCUUCAGACGUCUUUACCAAAGGGAACAUACUGCGACGUCAUCUCUGGCGUGAAGACUUCAGUCGCUUGUACUGGAAGGUCAUUCGUCGUCAAAACUGAUGGCAGAGUUGAUGUUACCGUGGACAACUUAUGGGAGGAUCCUGUGAUCGCGCUACACAUUGAGGUGAGACUGCAACAGUGGGAUGAAGUAUGCAACUCGUUGGACGAGCAGGUGCGCAACAGGAGGUCGUGGGGCUUGCUUAAGCAUUUGCUGAACGACUCCAAUACGAGGGACCCGGAUGCUCUUCUGACGGAGCAGGCCUACACGGGAGAGGACAACUUUUCCCUAGAUGAGGACUUUUCUGUAGAAGAGUCGAGAGAAUCUCACCGCUCCUUAUGUGCUAGAGGUGCCAUUUUACUAGGACUCGCGCCCAUCGCUUCCUCGAAGGCGCUGGACACCCACUCUUUGGAGCGGUUUGGUUCACGAGAGGGCCUCUUCUCAAGGAAUGAGGCGCUUGAGGCCACCAGUCCGGAGGCCGAUGGCCCCUUUUUCUGGGAUGGCGGAGCAGCACUAGCUGCAGCCGUGUAUGGGGCGGUUGAUAUCAUCGUCGGCUCACUGUGUGUGGGAUGGACAGCCGCCAGAGGCCGCUGUGGCGUUGCCGCCUGA